CCGGCGUCCGCUCCGUCCGCUCCGCAUCCCAACUCGGCCUCCGCACGUCGACGUCGGCAGUGCAGAGCUGGCAGUGCUGUUCAGGUUGGCAGACGAUCCGCUUUGACGCCGCGUCGGGCCCGCGUCAGGAGAAGCCAGUGUCGCCAGUGUUUGUCGGUGUUUGUCGGUGUUUGUCGACGGGAAGUGUCCGUUUCUGUUCGGAGCCAUGGAGCAGUACCCCAGGCUGACGUGGCUGCCCAUGCUGCAGCGCGGCUGCUGCUGCUCGCUGGAGGUGUGCUGCAAGUUGCAGGGCUACCUGACUCUGGUUUUCUGUGUCCUCGACAUCGUUUCGUGCCUGGCCCUCUGGGCGACUGAAUCGAACUUCUGCCGCGAGUACCAGCCCAUUACGCCCAACAUGCCGAGCCUCGUGUGCGGGCCCUUCGGGGUCGCAUUUCAAAUAUGCAACUUCAUCUACGGACUCGUAGUUUUCUCGAUCUCCGUCGUGAUGCUGGCGGGUAUCUCCCAGCGCCGCGGGGGCAUGCUGACGCCCUACCUGGUGCUGCAGUACAUCAACGUCAUCCUCGUCAUUCACGUGGCGGUCUGGUUCACGUUCCCCGCGCCCGUCGUGUCGCUCUUCCUCACCAUCCCCGCCAUAGCUCUGAACGUGUACUGCCUGCUGUGCGUGAACAGCCUCCGAGCGCAGUUCAACUUCAAGGCCGGUGGCAUGCAACCCCUCGGCCAGGAGUUCGACAACCCGCUGGCUCGCCCGAUGGCUUGAGUUCGCUCCUGCCUUUUUUGGAGAGAAGUUGCGCAGAUUUUCUGAACGGGUGCACCCCCGUUACUCACCUUGGACACACGGCGCUAAAGUGGAAGUAACACCUCCCUCGUUCCUUUUUAGUUUUAGUUAGUUUUUCGUUUUUUCUGCCAUUUUGUAUUUUCUGAGAAAAAGCAAUAAAGACAUCAUUCUGCUAACAUA